AUGGACAUCUUGGAUGACAUGGGGGUGGCGUCUCUCGGCGUGACCACCUUCACGCUCUGCGCUCUGUGCAUCGACCGCUUCCGCGCCGCGACCAACGUCCAGAUGUACUACGAGAUGAUCGAGAACUGCACCUCCACCGCCGCCAAACUAGCCGUCAUCUGGAUCGGCGCGUUACUCCUCGCCCUCCCCGAGCUCCUGAUUCGCCAGCUGGUGUCGGAAAACGGCGACGGCGCGUUAGAAUCAGAACGCUGCCUAAUCCGUAUCUCCACCUCCCUGCCCGAUACGCUAUACGUGCUCGGCUUGACGUACGAAGGCGCGCGUUUGUGGUGGUGUUUCGGCUGCUACUUCUGCCUGCCGACGCUCUUCACCAUCGGGAGUUCGGUUGCGACGGCCCGGCGGAUCCGACGUGCCGAGCGCGGCUGCGCAAGAGGCAACAAGAAGCAAAUCCGAUUGGAAAGCCAAAUGAACUGCACCGUCGUGGCGCUAGCCAUCGUGUACGGGGCGUGUGUGGUGCCGGAGAACGUGUGCAACAUGGUUUCGGCGUACAUGGCGGCCGUCCCGCAGAGCACCAUGGCUCUGUUGCACUUGAUCAGUCAGUUGCUGCUGUUCUUACGGGCCGCCGUGACGCCGGUUCUGUUGCUCUGCUUGUGCCGACCCUUCGGACGGGCGUUCCUCGAGUGUUGCUGUUUCUGCUGUGGGAUCUCGACACACUCCUCGGCCACCGCGAGCGACGACAACGAGCACGAGUGCACGACUGAACUGGAGCUGUCGCCGUUCAGCACGAUCCGCCGAGAGAUGUCCAACUACACCGCCACUGGAUCCCACUGUUGAGUCCAACACCUUGUUCAACACAAGCAGGGGUGCCGCUAGCAAGUUUAGGGCUGCACGAUAAUCGCAAUCAACAUGAAGCCGAUUUGGUUUAUCGCGAUUUUGAAAUCAUUAUUAGUUAUGUGCAGCUUGUCAGUGAAGCACGGCUACGUCUGAAAGCACUGCGAGUUUGAGU